CACGUUACAACCCGGAAGAAUUGCCUUUUUCUGAUUAACGUUUGAAUAAACAAGAAUGAGCAAUUUGUCUUAGGGAGAAAAGAUUAAAGGCGAUGCUGCAAACGUCGUGCGGCCAUCCUCAGUAACAUCUGUGUGUUCACCCUCGGCGUUGGAGGUAACGUUGGAGGCGGUCGAGUGUGUGCAGCAACGCCCUAAUGCCAGCCACCUUAUCGAAGAAAAAUAGCCCUGCUCUGUUUACAAAACGGGUGAGAGAGAGAAAUUGUUGCCCUGCAGUGUAGCUAAUCGUGCGGUUGUGGUUUUAGACGAAGGAAAUAUGGCUGAACUGCAUGUCGUGGAGCCGAGCGGCACUAGCACUAUAGAGCAGACCGAGCACCGUGAUGUCCGGGGGUCUGUGCGGCUGGCGUCGCCCACUCUCAUGGUUCCCCCGCGGAGCAGCCUGCCCAGUCCCGGGAUGUCGAACAACAGCGGCCGGUCGGUGUUCGGCUUCCCGAUGAAGAGCAACCCCAGCUCGCCGUCUGAACCCGCGGACAAGCCGGGCUCCCGCUGGGUCCGCCUCAACGUCGGCGGCACCUACUUCAUCACAACCAAACAGACCCUGUGCAGGGACCCCAAGUCGUUCCUGUACAGACUAUGUCAAGAAGAUCCCGAUUUGGACUCGGACAAAGACGAGACAGGAGCUUACCUGAUUGACAGGGACCCCACAUACUUUGGCCCCAUCCUGAAUUACCUUCGGCAUGGAAAGCUCAUCAUGGAUAAGAACCUGGCAGAGGAGGGUGUCCUCGAGGAAGCCGAGUUCUACAACAUAGCUUCACUGGUGAGGCUGGUUAAGGAGAGGAUACGAGACAAUGAGAAUCGGACGUCUCAGGGCCCUGUGAAGCAUGUGUAUCGAGUACUGCAGUGCCAAGAGGAGGAACUCACACAGAUGGUCUCAACCAUGUCGGAUGGCUGGAAGUUUGAGCAGCUCAUCAGUAUUGGCUCGUCAUAUAACUAUGGCAAUGAGGACCAGGCGGAGUUUCUAUGCGUAGUUUCCCGCGAGCUCAACAACUCCACCAACGGCAUCGUCAUCGAGCCAACCGAGAAGGCCAAGAUCCUUCAAGAGAGAGGCUCGCGGAUGUGAGGAGACAAACCGCCGAUCCUGAGCUAAAUAACACUUUAUCUAAACAAAACAAACAACAGCACAUGACAUUUUCUCCAGUUCCGGCCAUGGUCCAUGACUUCAUCCCCUUCCCGCCAUCACCCCCUUCCUCUGGUGUGCCUUUCCACAGUGGGGGCUCUGCCACGCCCCCUCCCCUACAGUGCUGCAACACCACCCCGACCCGCAUUCUCAUUUCCUCCCCUUCAUCGUCGGCUGCGGAACAUUUAGCGGGGAGGUUAAGGGAGAUCGCCAGAGCUCGGAUGCUCAUAGUGGUUGUCAUUUGCGAAAGGGCUUUCGAGGGUCAUUAUCACAGUGAUUUUAGGCAGCGCGUUGUUGUCAGAGGAUGGCUCCCCCGGCACAGAGCUAAAUCAUCAUCAUCUUCGUUAUCAUCAUUAUCAUCAUCAUCAUCACACCAUUAACAGACAGGACACUUCCUCUUCCUUGUGUGUUUGGCUGUGUCGACAGAAAUCUGUGACUUAUCUCCUCAGGACUCUCAAAGGACAUAAAAGAAUGAAGACAACUACACUGACUGAGCCUCCUGCUUUCCCUGGAAAAUUCACUUAACGGGGCGAGCGUCCGCCCUCCCACCUCCCUCUCCCCCUGCGCCCGCCCGGCCCUCCUUGGCUGGCGGCUGAGGCGGGUCGCAGGCAGCACGACACCCCGAGCUUUAGUAAGACAGGAAGUCCAGAGGCGGCGACGAGACAGAGGAGUCCCAGGGCAGCGUGACACAGAGUUCGAUCCGCUCUGUCGGAGCCCGGCCCGGCACAGUCCGCUCUCCACUCUCUUGCAGAGGACAAGCGAGCGACACACUUUUUUGUCUUACAGAUGCCGCGCCUUGGUGCCACCGCGGCGACCAGUGCUGGAAAUCACGCAGUGUCUCGCUCCUCCCGCUCCCCUCCGGCUUGAUUUGGUCUAACAGGGAGGACACAACUUAUUCUGUUUUUUUUUUUUUUUUUUCCCACAGCUGUAACUAAGAGAUUUCAGCGCAAAAGAAAACAAAUGACUCAAAAGACUAAACUACAGUACAACUGUGUACAAUUUGUCAAGGCAUGUGAGGAAUCUAUAUAAAUCUAUAUAGGCUACAUGAUGAAACUAUAUGAAAAAUUGAAUGCAAACGGUGUAAUUAUUGAUUUCUGUAUCAUAGUUGUCAUAUAUUUGUGUAUUAUGGUGAGUAAUUCUAUUUAAAUGAGGGGAAAAUAUUAAUCUUCAUAACCAGUUUUCCUGAGGGUUUCCCACCCAGUGACAAGGGUGUGAGUUUGUGUAUGCAGUGCCUCUCUGCUUUCUAUCCAUGUCUGAAAUAUCAGAAUUACUCACAUUUUUUCAGCUGCACGUUUUCUGUAGUGUUCCUCAGAAACCUUCAGAAGCAGUUCAUUUUUUUUCUCUCUUAAAUAUCAUACUUUGAUCUCUUGCAUACCUUAAAAUUGUAAUUAGAGGUGAAAAAAAAAAAACGGAGAAAGCUUAUUGCUGGGUUGGAAGAGAUGGCCAUGUGUUGCUGUUGGGAAGUCGUUGGAGCAUGGCCAGCCUGUAUGCUGCCUCAAAACCUGAAGCACCCUUCUCCCCCUGGCCUUGUCUUACUCUCAUGCCAAUUUUCACUCACUCUGCAGCUGCCUCUGUUGCAAAUCCCGAACUGAAAAACCACACACCCAAAAUGACUGUGUUGUCUUACAUUUUGCAGCACGUGUAGCAACUGUGGCGCAAGCUGAAAUGUACUCCUCACGCUUCAUGCCCUGAAAUAGCUGAGCCUACAUUAUCACAGAUAUUUACAUAAGUGAACUUGCCAGAUGGGAAGUGUCUUCAGCUUUCUGAGCUUUAGUGGGAAAUUUAAAAAAAAAAAAAAAAAAAAAAAGAAGAGGGAAGCCUUUAUUUCAGAUGCUAUGUGAAGUUUUUUUUUUUUUUUUCUGUGCCAACAGAUGGGUACCAACUUGUCUAAAGUGUAUUUCUCUGUUAACACUUGACAUUAAGUUGCUUUUUUCUCGACAAGAUAGCGCUGUUGUUAUGCUUGUAACAACGUUGGACCAACGCACAUCAUUUGUUUUCAAAUGAUUUGAUUUGCAGGAGCAUUCAGUGAUUUUUAUACAAUUAAAAAUGUAUCCGUCUCAAUUCUGUAUGUGCAUUGACCAAAACAAUGAACCUGUCUCAGCAAUAGAGUUAUGUAACCACUACACCUUACUAAAAUAUGACUUGACAAAGAAGAUGAGAAUGAAAUGUUGUUACUUUUGUAAUUGCAGCCUUGUUGGUUAGACGGGCAUAAAAGCAACUUAAUGUGAAGUUUGAGCCAUAUUACACAUAUCAGAUGGAGAAUUUAAACAUCUUGCUGUUAUCCAUCGUGCAAUUUCUGACAGAUUGAACCCGUUCUCUCAUUCUGACUGUGUAUUUCAAGUCAUUCGGUCCCUACAAGGGGGAUCCGAUCUUUGUGUGAUAUCACCCAGCACCCCUCACCGGUGUUGAACACUUUGAUACACCAUCCUUUGUACAAAAAAAUAAUAUAUUUGGUGCAAUUAUGUUAUAUCAGCAUGAACAAGAAGAAUGCAUUUUAAUGAAGAAAAAAAAAAUCCUGUACCUUUGCUGUUGUCAUGCUCCCUGACCGCGGUCAAGUAAGGCUUCAGAGCUCCAACUCUGUUGAUGUGACUUUUUCUUUUUCCUCUUGAGUGUGUGUUGUGCAGUUCUAUUAUUCUGAGAUGUGAGCAGACUCUGCGCUGCUAAAAAUGCCCAAAUGUGUCACUGAGGGGUCCUUCAACCCCCUCCUCCCCCCCGUUUGCUCUCUCUGGGCCUUUUCGAAGCACCUCGGGUGUUCUGUUUCCCCUCGUCUGUGUCCAGUGUUGUGCCUUUGACCUGUGUCGUGCACAGUUGUUCUCCCUUCUAUCAUGAGGUGCCUCUCAUACCUUAAAAAAAAAGCCAGGAGACACCUGAGG